AUGGCUUCAGCAACUCCCCAAAGAGGAAGUGCGGCGGCUACAGCCAGCAUGAGGAGAAGGAAGACACCCGGUGGUGGAGCUUCUGGAGGAGCUGCCGGGACUAUGCUUCAAUUUUACACUGAUGAUGCACCUGGACUCAAGAUCUCCCCAAAUGUGGUUCUUGUUAUGAGCAUUGGGUUUAUAGCAUUUGUUGCUAUCCUUCAUGUGGUUGGCAAGUUGUAUUUGCGUAAGGAGGCUUAG